GGGCGCGGGCCUCACGGCCGCUUCCUGCCCGCCCGCUAGCCCUGGCCGCCGGGGGAGGGUCGUCCCGCUAGCCCCGCAGCGGACCAGCGAUCGCCGCGACCCCGCCCGCUGGGCACCCUCCCAGAGGGAAGGCGAGAACAGAGAAGGAAACGUGCUCCAGACUCUGGACACCGAGAGCUGGCCGCAGACACUUCCCCGCCGGCCUCUUGCCUCUGGCUCUCCCUUGGCUGCCACGGCCAUGCCCAGCUCCGUGCUGUGGGCUGUGGAUCUCUUCGGGAAGGUGUACACGCUCUCCACGGCUGGACAGUACUGGGAGCUGUGCAAAGACAGCCAGCUGGAGUUCAAGCGUGUCAGCGCCACCACACAGUGCUGCUGGGGCAUCGCCUGCGACAACCAGGUCUACGUUUACCUGUGCGCCAGCGACGUUCCCAUCCGCCGCCAGGAGGAGGCCUAUGAGAAUCAGCGCUGGAACCCCGUGGGCGGUUUCUGUGAGAAGUUCCUGCCAAGCGACCGCUGGCAGUGGAGUGACGUGAGUGGGCUCCAGCACCGGCCGCUGGACGGGGUGGCGCUGCCCUCACGGCAUUGGGAGUGGGAGUCGGACUGGUAUGUGGAUGAGAACUUCGGAGGGGAACCCACCGAGAAAGGGGGGUGGACGUAUGCCAUCGACUUCCCCGCCACCUACACGAGAGACAAGAAGUGGAAUUCUUGCGUGCGGCGGCGCCGAUGGAUUCGGUAUAGGAGAUACACGUCCCGAGAUGCCUGGGCCAAGAUCCCUUCGAAGGAUGACCCCGAGCAACUGCCUGACCCCUUCAAUGACCUCUCUGUGGGGGGGUGGGAAAUCACAGACGAGCCUGUGGGCCGCCUGUCCGUGUGGGCUGUGUCUCUUCAGGGAAAGGUGUGGUACAGAGAGGACGUCAGCCACCCUAACCCUGAAGGCUCAUCGUGGUCCCUCGUGGACACCCCAGGGGAGGCGGUGCAAAUCAGCUGUGGGCCCCACGACCUCCUGUGGGUCACGCUCUGGGAGGGGCAGGCCUUGGUCCGGGAAGGAAUCAACAGGAACAAUCCCAAAGGAAGUUCCUGGUCUGUAGUGGAGCCUCCUGCCUCUGAAAACGGGAUCGUACACGUCUCCGUGGGAGUCAGUGUGGUCUGGGCUAUCACCAAGGACCGGAAAGUGUGGUUCCGAAGAGGUGUCAACUCGCACAAUCCCUGUGGCACCAGCUGGAUCGAGAUGGUCGGAGACAUGAUGAUGGUGAACGUGGGGCUGAACGACCAGGUUUGGGGCAUUGGCUGUGAGGACCGGGCCGUGUACUUCCGCCAGGGUGUCACCCAGAGCGAGCUCAGCGGGAAGACGUGGAAGGCCAUCGUCGCCAGCCGAGAGAGUGACCGAUCCCACUCUGGUAGCUCUUCAAGUCUCCUCAGUGCUGGCUGCUUCUUUGGUGACGAGGUAAGGGGCAGUGGUGAGUCCUGUGCACCGAGCGACACGGAUGCCUCUUUGGAAGCCAACAGACCGGGGCCUGACCAGCCUGUUCCUGCAGAGUCUGUGGACGGUCCCAGGAACUCCAGGGAUAGCUCGGCCUCAGGCCCAGGCACUGGCAGGACCACAGAGCAUGCCGUGGAGGUCCCUGGCCCUGCCACUCAGACUUCUGGGCCCGAGUCCUGCCCUGGCCUGGCCUCCAGCCCAGCCGAACUGCCCUGGACCAAUAUUGACCUGAAGGAGCCCAAGAGAGUACCCGGCCACUCGGCUGCUGGCUUCCCAGAGACCACCGGCCUCUCCUCACUGGGGCUCCUCCCACUGGGUUUGGAGGAGCCCUAUGGGGCCGAUGACCACCCUCUGUGGGCCUGGGUUUCAGGAGGAGGCUGUGCCGUCGAGGCCCACGCUGUACUCAAGUGGUUCACCGUCCAGUCAGGCCUGUCCCCGUCGGUGCAGACGCUCUCCUUGUCCAUCAUGCCGGCCCAGACAGCCGCCUGGCGGAAGCAGAUCUUCCAACAGCUCACGGAAAGGACCAAGCGGGAGCUGGAGCACUUCCGGCACUACGAGCAGGCCGUAGAGCAGUCAGUGUGGGUGAAGACGGGGGCCCUGCAGUGGUGGUGUGAUUGGAAGCCCCACAAGUGGGUGGACGUCCGCGUGACCCUGGAGCAGUUCACGGGGCUCGACGGGGCUCGGGAUAGCAUCCUCUUCAUCUACUAUGUGGUCCACGAGGAGAAGAAGUACCUCCAUGUGUUCCUCAACGAGGUGACAGUGUUGGUCCCUGUGCUCAAUGAGACUAAGCACUCCUUCGCCCUCUACACGCCUGAGAGGACCCGGCAGAGGUGGCCUGUGCGCCUGGCUGCUGCCACCGAACAGGACACGAAUGACUGGCUUGCCCUGCUCAACCUGUCCUGCUGUGAGAGCCGGAGGGUCCACGGCCGCCCCUCCCCGCAGGCCAUCUGGUCCAUCACCUGCAAGGGGGACAUCUUCGUGAGCGAGCCUAGCCCAGACCUGGAGGCCUCUGAGCACAGGCUGCCCUGCGACCAGAUGUUCUGGCGGCAGGUGGGAGGCCACCUGCGGGUGGUGGAGGCCAACAGCCGGGGUGUGGUGUGGGGCAUCGGCUACGACCACACGGCCUGGGUCUACACUGGCGGCUACGGCGGAGGCUGCUUCCAAGGCCUGGCCAGCAGCACCAGUAACAUCUACACUCAGUCGGAUGUGAAAUGUGUCUACAUCUACGAGAACCAGCGCUGGAACCCCGUCACAGGCUACUCCAGCAGGGGUCUGCCCACGGACCGGUACAUGUGGAGUGAUGCUUCAGGGCUGCACGAGUGCACCAAGGCUGGCACGAAGCCCCCAUCCCUGCAGUGGACCUGGGUUUCUGACUGGUCUGUGGAUUUCAGCGUUCCCGGGGGAACAGACCAGGAGGGGUGGCAGUAUGCCAGUGACUUCCCUGCCUCGUAUCAUGGGUACAAAACCAUGAAGGAUUUUGUCAGGAGAAGGUGCUGGGCCAGAAAAUGUAAGUUGGUGACCAGUGGGCCCUGGCUGGAGGUGGCCCCUAUUGCCCUUGGGGACGUGUCCAUCAUCCCAGAGAGCCCAGGUGCCAACAGGAGUGGGCACAUCGCCCUCUGGGCCGUCAGCGACAAGGGGGACGUGCUGUGUCGCCUGGGCGUGUCGGAGCUCAACCCCGCGGGCUCCUCCUGGCUGCACGUGGGCACGGACCAGCCCUUCACUUCCAUCUCCAUCGGGGGCUGCCAUCAGGUGUGGGCCGUGGCCAGGGAUGGCUCCGCCUUCUACCGGGGCUCUGUGUCCCCCACACAACCAGCUGGGGACUGCUGGUACCACAUCCCGUCUCCUCCCAAGCAGAGACUGAAGCAGGUGUCCGUGGGGCAGACGGCAGUGUACGCCUUGGACGAAAAUGGGAAUCUGUGGUAUCGCCAAGGAGUGACGCCCAGCUACCCGCAGGGCUCCAGCUGGGAGCACGUGUCCAACAACGUGUGCCGAGUAUCCGUGGGGCCCUUGGACCAGGUCUGGAUUAUCGCCAACAAGGUCCCGGGGAGCCAUAGCAUGAGCCGUGGAACUGUGUGCCACCGCACAGGCGUGCAGCCUCGAGAGCCCAUGGGACAGGGCUGGGACUACGGCAUUGGGCCAUGGGUGACGAGGCGCUCUCCUUCCAGGGGGGCUGGGAUCACAUCACCAUCCGGGCCAAUGCCACCAGAGCCCUCAGGAGCAGGUCCCAGGAGACAACCACUGACUGGAGUGGGGAGCCGGGCCUUCCCAGCACGCCCUCGAGGGUGGCUGGAGCCCCACACGAGGCCCGUGGCCCUGUCUGCUGCUGAGGCCACCUCCCCCCUCACCUGAAGCAGGUUUCAUGCAGGUGUUAAGGAUCAAGGUGGAUACGUGAGCCUUCCUGUCUGAGCCAUUCUUGAAUGUGGAUCCUGGAGGGAACCUGGCGGGAGGUCCCGGCCACCUCAGAGGCACUGGCUGAACCAGCUCAGAAAUGUGAAGCUUUGUGGGUGCUCCUGCACGGGUCCCUGUCUGCAAGGAGGGCCACGGAGUGGGCUGGGGGCCACUUCACUCCAGCCUUUCCCACCUAUCCGUCCCCACUCUGCCUCCCGCCUUUCAAGAAAGGGAACCUAGAGCCCCCCAGGAAUGCUGCUCUGGGGAAUCAAGCCCAUGAAACCCCAGGGCCCAGACCCCGCCUACCUCCCGACGAAAAUGGCUGUGGGGCUCACUCAGGGCCGCUUCGCCCUGUUCUGGGAUGAUUUUUCAGAGCCAGAUGCGGAAAUACGGUUUAAUUUCAAAAGUUAAGAGUUGGCAGCUUGGAAGGAAAGGCUGGGGAGGGGUGUCUUUCUCCUGGGUGGGCACAAGCCCUUGGCGGUCCUGGCAGAAGCUGUCCGUGCAGAACUUGCUGACAUCUGCCCCCAGCCAACCGUCCCCCCCGCCGUGGGAUUGGGGGCUGCUCCCUCUGUGAUCAGCCAGGAGGGGCUGUGGGGACAUGGGGUGUGCCGGCCGCAGCCCCAAGCCCUACACGCCAGGGCAGGAGCCCGCCCCACCCGGGACCGGUAGGAAAGCACCUCCCAUCCUGCAGCUUCUCUUUCUUUUUUUUUUUUUUUUUAAGAUUUUACUUUUAAGUGAUCUCUCCAUCCAGCAUGGGGCUCGAACCUACAACCCCGAGAUCAAGAGUCGCAGGCAGUACCAGCUGAGCCAGCCAGGCGCCCCUUCUCUGCUGCUGCUUAUGUGAUGACGGCCCCAUCUGGGGAAGCCUCAAAUGUGCUUCCUGCAACCAGACACGUUGCCUGGAAGCCAUCAGAGCCCAAGCUGGCCUCUGCUCAUUUGGGGACAAAAACGGACAGACUCCAGCCUUCCCCGGAACUCCCAUCAGGAGGGGUCAGAUGUGCCUUUGAUCCCGUCUUGCAGGGUGGGGCUCGUCAGCAGAGGCUAACUAGAAGGAGGUUUCCUGUGGGGUCCCCUCCUGCACCGGAGGGGGCUGACGGUCUCUGCGUUUGCCGGGAAUGAUGGAGGUGCGACCGGGAGGUGUGAGUGCGGGUUGGGGACGCCGUCCUGGGUGUUCACACCUGUCAGGUGGUCUCCGGGUGGGCACUGCGGGUUUCUUCUGUAGCAGCGAUCUGUCAUCCUGUGGUGACUUGCUGUCCGUAGCUGGGUGGCUGUGUCCUCGCUGCUGAGCACUCACCAUCUACCUGCUCAGCAUCACCGAACCGUUUUGUUUCCUUGGCUGCUUUAUUCAAUAAAAUCUCACAGUGGAG